AAUAAAUUAAAUUAUGAGUGCAUUUUCGGAGGAACAUAAUAGGGAUAAUUCAAAUGAGCCCCCGAGGAAAUAGGAGAACAACAAGAAAGUUCACGAGUAUCCAGAGGAUUGGCCUAUGAAUCCGUCGCCAAGAUUUACUCCUAUGCAAUAUUCGUAAUUGUUUCCUCAUAUUCCUCCUCCCUUGGAUCUUGAAAACAAAGGUUUCAAUGACUAUGAUCCCUAGAAAUAUCUCAAUAGCGACAAAAAGGGCUAAAGCAGCUAUGCAUUUCGAAAACAUUCAUUGGGAGAAGUUCCGCAAAUUGAUCAUAUGGACGACGACCCACAUCGAAACCCGUAUGCUUUCGGCUACUAUCCAAUGAAAUACCCUCCAUAACCUAUGAUGAUGAAAUACCCCCCUGGUCAACAGUUUAUGGUCUCACCGUGGUAUCCACCCAGACCUCCUUAAUAAAUGAUGCCUCCUUAUUGUUACUAUCCUCCUAUGUAUGAUGGUCUUCAAUGUCAGAAUACUGUUUCAAAGGAACUUCAAUCUAAAGUCUUUCAAUUAGUCUCGUAUCAAAAGGUUUCUGAUUUUCAGUGUAAUUGCAAAAAAAGUAAAUGCCUCAAACUUUAUUGUGAGUGUUUUGCCAAUAAUGGGGUGUGUUCACAGAGUUGUAAUUGCCAAGAUUGUAAAAAUAGAAUAGAUAAUCCUCAAGAGAGAUCAAAAGCAAUCGAAGAAGCCUUGUUAAGAAACACUGAUGCUUUUGUGCAAUGUUUUUCAACCAAGGGAGGUGCCCAAUUUGUUCAAUAAGAUAAACCACUUAAAGAACCAUCGAAGGACAACUCCAGUGUCAUUCGGAAAGGAUGUAAUUGCAAAAAGUCUGGAUGCAAAAAAAAGUAUUGUGAAUGCUACAGUCAAAAUAUCAGAUGCAAUGAACUUUGUAAAUGUGAACAUUGUUUAAAUAAGACUGAUGCUGAAAUAUAGGCUCAACAAGAUCUAGGGCAAGAGGAUCACAAUAAUUUGAGCAAAGGCAAUCAAAAAUAAAAAAAAGUAAAAUUGGAGAAACAUGAGGAAAGAAGCGAUUCUCCUUUUGUUCAAUUGGAAAUCAAUCUAAAGAAGAGCAAUUUACAUAAGGUGAAGAAACAAGAGAAUAAUUGA